AUGUAUACGAGACCACGGUUUCUCAGACUAUCUGUGGUGAAGGACCAGUUUGCUUCAUCUCCCACACCCCCAUCCACUGUGGACUGGUACUUGUACAAAAUCUGUCUAAAGAAAGAAGCAAAGGAGGAUGAGGAGGAAGGGGGUGAGGAACAGGAAGAGGGCCAGGGCAAGGACGGAGAGGAGGACGGCGUUAUUGACCCACGUCUGAGCUUUGGCUCAACGUCCUUGGAUAUUGACCAAAACCUCAUCGUCCUGUGCGGAUUGGGGUUGCUUCUUCUGUUCCUGUGGUACCUGGUGAGCUUGCCAUUUUCACCUACCUUCAGUAAAAUCAAAGACAUCCGAAAGUUAAGCAGCCCUGGCCCCCUGGGCCAGCACGAUGACAUCACCCGCUUUCGUCAACUCUUAUGUCCAGACCCCUUCUGUGAGGUGUGUAAUAAUGCAACUGCUGAGAUCAAUCGGCUACUACUCCCAGAAGCCCUGGAAGAUUCUACUUCCUCUGUGUCCCCGUUGGCUUCCACAGCUCCUGUGACUGAGUCAUCAUUUACUCUGUCCCCUGCCUUCUCAACAGUCCCUCCAAGAGACCUAACACCAGCCUCUCUGCCUGAUCCUUCCCCACUGCCCCCCUCCGUUCUCUCCCCUAGCCCAAUGACCCCCUUAGUUGACUCUUUUUCACCCUCCCCAUUGGGUCAUUCUCUGGCACCAGAGCCUUUUCCUUCCUUGGAUUCCGAAUGCCCAGUGGACUAUUCCCCACCCCAACCCCUUGCCUUUCCCCCUCUCCUACCACAUGACACUCAGACAGCAGAUCCUGUUCUCCCACAAGAGGCUACUGUGUCUCCGGAUACCGUUUUCUCUCUUGACCCCAUCCUUUCCCAAGAUAUCAACCACUUAUCAGAUUUGUCCCAGGCAAUGAAUCACCCUGAUUCUUUUGCUUGUCAUCAUGUACCACCAACUCUGUCUGUUUCACCACAGCCAGACUGCACUUUAUCUGUCACUCAGUCUAAAUCAAUUGCCAUCUUACUGAAGCCUGUUCCCGAGAACUCACUUCCAGAAAGCCCUGGUGUGUUGUCCACUUAUGUCCCAACACACAGAGGCACUGAUCAUUCAAGCUUGUCAACUUCAGACUUCUCCUGGUGGCAAGCUCAUGCCAAAGACUCGUUCCCUUCCACGUUGGCACAAUGUGAUUUCAGUCAAGAGUUUCUUGACCUCCAUUCUUCAGAGGCCUCUUUUGGGGGAGACCCUGCAGCCAACCUUGUAGAGCCUGGUAACCUCUCAUUUCUCAGCCCUGAUGUCCUGGCACUCCUGGAGAGACAAGUCCAAAAGAGGAGCAAUUUCCUGAUGUGGAAGGAAAAGGAAAAUAAAAAAGAUUCUUUUCCAGAACAACUUAGGCCAGACUACCAACUAAAUUCUUCAUGGAAAAUGUUAGAGUCAAUUGCUGAUAAGCAUGACUCGGCAGUCUGCCUUCCCUUUUGGAGCAGCAAAGACAAAUCAAAGGAGCUGCAUGUGCAUCAGCAGCCCCCAUAUCCUAAGACCCUGGAGGACCAUUUACAGCAAAAACCUAUCCAGUUCUUCUGGGGGCUCCCGUCUCUGCACAGCGAGUCCUUGCCCUCUGCUGUUCAUGUCUUGGCUGACAGUUCCUCAAUCUUUAUUUUCAAUAGAAAGUCGAUUGCCUCCACAGGCCAAGAAUCACCAGUGCUUCCCGAUCCCCUGCCUCUGUCCUUGCCUGAGAUUCAGCCUGAGCCCUUGCCUCAAACCCUGCCUCAAUCUCAGCCCCUACCUCUCACUCAGGUCCAGUCCCAGGCCGACCCUCAGUCUCCACUCCCAGUCAUACCAUCUGAUCCUCUACCCCAGAUCAGGAUCUGUGGAGUAAGUUUCCACAGACCUCAGGAUGAGUCCGAGUCUCUCUCCUCAUCUGAAAUUCAACAGCUGGAAUGGAACAUUUUGCAGAAACAACAGGAAAAUUUGUGGGGUUUACCGUCUGUGGUCCAGAGGUCUCAGGAAGACUUUUGUCCAUCAGCUCCUAACACUCCUCGCCACCGGGCCCCCCAGGCCCAUGUUUCAAUCUCCAUCCUUCCUGGGGAGUUUCCUCUCAGUGAUGAAGUUCGGAAGAAACUAGAGCAUCACCUUCGAAAGAGGCUCAUCCAACACCGGUGGGGCCUGCCCCGCAGAAUCUACGAGUCUGUGUCACUGAUGUUGCCUCCAAAUGGUUUUUCAGAGGCAUCUGAGUCGGUGAGCAAUAAUGGAGUCUCACUGAUCUCUGUGUUUAAGGGUCAGAGUAGCAAAAAUGUAAAUAGACACAGCCUAGAGAAUGGCCCAAAAGAUCACCUGUUGAAUGACCCAAAGAGCUCUUUGGGUAAGGAUCUGGGGUAUGACUCUGAGAAAGACCUAAACAGUCAGGUGGUGAGUCUCUCAGAGAAAAAUUCAAGGAUGUCAGCAGAGAGUCUAGGUCAGAGACAACUUCAAAAUGUCCUAAAAGUACAUUUGAGCAAGAAGUUUGGGGAAAUAAGUGAGGGUCGGCUCCCUGGGACUGUGCGUAAUUCAUGGCAUGCUAUCAAGCAAACAUUGCUUCUUUCUGUGAAAUCCCAUACCCAAACAAAACAGAGAAGUUUGCCAUCACCAGUGGGUGUGGCCUACUCCCUGAAUACCUUCCAGGACCUGACUUUUGUUGAUUCCAGUACACAACAGAUGCUGGAAGCCCAUAUUAAAAGGUUUCGUAUGAGGAUGUUGUGGGCCCUUCUCCGCAAGGUCCUUGAAUCCAUACAGAUCUUUAAAUUGAAAGAUGCCUCAUCCCAGUCCUUGUCUCAUGCCAACUUGCCCUCCUCAGCCAAUGUGAUUUCUGAGGCAGACUCUAAAUCUGGGAGCUUCAAGUCCUUUAGAGGAAGCUCUAAAUCUCUCCAUGGAGACAAAGUGGGAACAACAAAUUCAGCCCUUGUCCUGGAUCGUUCUCUCCCUGCCACCUCACCUGUGGGAAAAGGAGGACAGAGGGUCCUGAGACAGUCACGCUCUGAUGUCAACUGUGGGCUGGCAGAGAAUGUUCAGAGAAUUAAGGAUGCCAGACAGACUCGUCUGCCUGUUUCAAUCUGCAUCACAGGGAAAGCAGGUCAUAGACAGACUCAACUAGCCAACAGAUAUCCCCAAAAGCUGCUUGCAAAGCAAGCUGCGGCCAGAUAUGAGCCGAAGCCUAAGAGUGUGAGUUCCAGUGAUAAAGGAGAAAUGCAACGGGGCAAAAAGGUGGAGAAGUCAGAACCUGUUUUCAUGCCCAGAUUGUCUAGGGAGGUAUUCACGGCUGAGGAGCUUGAUACUCUUCAAUUAAAAACUAGUGACAUGGUGACAACUAGCAAGCCAGGGAGCUCCCAAAUGAUAAAUGUGAAUGAGAAUAAAGUAGAAACUACCGUGACCACUGGAAGCCCCCCACCCAAAUUACCAGUUCCCCAAGAUCCUAAAUCAUUAGACCUUAAAGAACAACUGUUCAGUGAGUUAAACUUUAAACUGGAGAACAGGGAGCAUAGCCAGGCUCAAGGCCAACCCACUGACACAUCCCUUGCUUCAGAUAACUUGACUUAUGAGGUCUCACUGACUGAUGCCCAAGGUGUCUCAGGUGGGAACAUGCGAGCUUCCCAGGUGCUGCAUGUCCAUUUGGAGGACAGAGGAAUCAGGAUGGAGCAGCAGCAGGAACCUCGGGCCCCUAAGCAUGCCUUAAGGAGGUGCCAGGAUAAGAACUUCCCACCAACUGCAAAGAGAGUGAGCCCUCUGGAGCCCAAGGCAGAAGAGCUUGGUGGAAGGAAUAAAGGCUUGGGGACAUCCCAACUUAGGAGGAAGAGUUUCCCUACUCAGGAGAUGGUACUAGAGCAGACACCUGCGAGCAAGUCUUCCCAGACCCUAUCACAGAAGGGACAGCCUCUUCCUGAAGACCAUAUCAGAAAAAGCAUGAUGCACUUCUUGCAAUGGCUUUAUUCUGGGAUAAAAUACAAAAGGCAAGAAGAUGCCCAGGAAAAGGGCAGCCGCAUAUCAACUGUGCAGAACAGAGGCCUAGUUAAAAGUAAAGCUGCCUUUACUGGAACAACUGAAGCUCAGAAAAUCGUGACAGACAACGGGAAGUUCCUAGAGGAGAAACUGGGGCGUCAGCAUGCGACUGAUGUCACCUGCUCUCAAGGGCCCCGUCCUCCCCCAGUACAGUUGAGGAAAACUCAGCAAAAGGCGGAAGUGCAGGUCCGGGCAGAGCCUGUCCAGGGGCAUCCUUUCAACUACAGGGCUCCCUCCGGUAAAGUGACAAAUACCAAGUCCCACCAUCAAAUAUCAAGUCCUGUCUUUGCUGGCCAGAGUUAUCCUCCAAAUACAAGACAGAUCAAAGAUAAGAAGAGACACCCCCAGAAAGUUGUGGCAUUCAAGGACCAGCGACCGUGUCACAGAUAUCUCCCACCAGUGUCCCACGGGGAGCCUGUGCCCCAUCCAAGCCCCACCCACAGGCGUCAAGCUGGCCAGGCACCCACGGCUGCUCUCAGCACUGCCGAAGGCACUGUGUUCAGACAUCUGUCUCUACUUUUUAGACAGAAAACACUUCUCCAGAAUUCCCAGGGAGGAAGACUUCCCAUCCAGAAAUAA